CAAUUCAAUUCUCAGUCCCUACUCCAUCGCGUCGCGUGUCGUUUGGCCCGCAUAUCAUUACCGCAAAUUAUCAAUCAUACAAACCUUCCGGAGUGAAAACAAGUGUUCUGUUAUAAUAAGUUCGCGAUGCUUCGCCCGUUUUUGGAUGCUUUUUGGAACGAAGAUGUGUGGUUGCCGCCCAACACUACGUGGGCAGAUAUAGCGCCCGGCCCAGACAAAACGGUUACCUACACCGAUCAUCGGCAUGUUUUCCUUCCGAUACCCAUGGCCCUGGUGUUUAUAGCGCUACGCUUCGUUUUAGAAAAAUAUGUGUUUGCACCAUUUGGCAAGUCACUAGGCAUUAAGGAUGGUAGAAAUAAGAAAGCUGCACCCAACCCUAAACUGGAAGCCGCCUAUAGGGCCAAUCCUGCUUUGAAAAAGUUGUCAGCCCUAGCGAAGCAGACCGACAUGUCAGAGCGGCAGGUCGAGCGCUGGUGGCGCCUCCGUCGGUCCCAGGACAAACCGUCCACGCUCGUCAAGUUCUGCGAGAACGCUUGGAAGUGCUCCUUCUAUGUCUGCAACUUCGUGUUCGGGCUAGCUAUACUGUGGAACAAAAAGUGGCUCUGGGACAUAGAUCAUGCUUAUAUAGGAUAUCCGCAUCAGGGCCUAACGAACGACGUGUGGUGGUACUACAUGAUCUCCUCAGCCUUCUACUGGUCGCUCACCAUAUCGCAGUUCCACGACGUGAAACGGAAGGACUUCUGGCAGAUGUUCGUUCAUCAUCUGGCCACGAUCUUGCUGUUGUCAUUUAGCUGGAUCUGCAAUCUGCACCGGAUAGGAACGCUAGUUCUCUUGGUGCAUGAUUGUGCAGAUAUAUUUGUUGAGGCGGUGAAGGCCACAAAGUACGCGAAUUAUCAGAGGACGUGCGACACGCUGUUCCUGGGGCUCAUAGUCACCUGGAUCACCACGAGGAUCUUCAUCUACCCCUACUACAUUAUCUGGAGCACGUUAAUUCGAGCGCCGAUGCUGCUGCCCAUGUUCCCGGCCUACUUCAUCUUCAACUCGCUGCUCUGCCUGCUGCUGGUGCUGCACGUGGUGUGGACGUGGCUUAUACUACAGAUCGCCUACAAGGCCAUAUACGCUGGAAAGAUGGACGGUGACAUCCGCAGCAGUUCAGAUGAGUUGAGCGAUAGCUCCAACCGGUCCAACGGCACGGCGCGACUACACAAAGACUAAUAACCAGAGGAUCACGCUGCAAACCAGGAAACGCUGGACUCCAUAUUAUGUACAGUUUAAUUUUCACUCCUAUUAUAAUAAGUACUGGCCGUUAUGCUCAUUUGCUUGUAACUCGAAAACCGGAAAUCUAUUCAAAAAACUUUUGAAAAGACACUUUCAACUGUAUUUUAAGCCAAAAACUCACUAAUUACCACUUAAAGUUCAUAGCCAUAGUGAACCGUAUGAAUACCAUAUUAAGGUUGAUUUUUGUUUAUUUUUUUUAGUUAUUAGUGAGUUUUGGUUGUCAUCUGACGUUUCAUAAAAUGGGCAUGUGCUAAAAUAAAUACGUUUACCGAAGUGGAAUAAAUGUGUCGUUCUCAAGUAAAAGGUACCAAAUAGUCGCUUACCACAAGGACGCUCUGACAUGUUAUUCGUAUAGAGAUGCAAGCAAAUUUCACCCUUAUGGUAAGCGACAAUGUACCUUUUACUCGAGAACGACACAACACCAGACUGUCAUUUAAGCUAAGGCAACUCUUAGGGUCGGUUGCACCAAACUGUUUGUCAUCGUUAAAGAGUUCGCUGAUUUUUAUUGUACGGAAAGUUUCAUAGUAAACUGCCGCGGCGCGCCGGGUGACGUUGAUCAGUCUGUCAAGUGCAGAUGGUGCAACUGGCACUUAAUAUUUCAGAAAAUACUGCUGGUUAAAGUGGUAAAAAUAGUAUGAAAAGAUUGAAAAGUUGAUUCAACUAGUCGAUAAACCUGUUAUUCCCAACAGAAUAAUUGAUUAAUUAGAGGAUUUGAAACAUCGAUUAGUUCCCUUUCAAUUUUCAUUGCUAAUUAGAAGUACCGUUAACCGGGGUGAAUAGGGACAAAACUAAAAAUGUGUUUUUUUUACCUGACAAUUUCUUAAAAAAUACCUACACAAAUUGUAUUGUGGCUAAAAAAUAAGUGUAUUCCCUUUGCCAGGGAGGUUUUGGGAUUAUACAGAGCAACUUUUACUAUGGGACCAACCCCGAAAUCACGAAAAAAAAUUUGGCUGUUUCAUACAUUUUGGCUGGUCCAUUUUCUUGGAAGGGUAAAAAAUUUUUCCGCGAUUUCGUGGUUGGUCCCAUAGUAAAAGUUGCUCAGUAUAAUCUUAAAACCUCCCUGGCAACGGGAAUGCACUUAUUUUUUAGCCAGCCUGUAUAAAAUGAACUACUAUUUCCAAUCGGAUGUUACUAUUUGUGUGGGUAUUUUUGAGCAUUUGUCAGGUAAAUCACAUUUAAAGUUUUGUCCCUAUUCACCCCAGCCAUCCCUAUUCACCCCGGUUGACGGUACCUAUUAAAAGAGUAAGCAAUAUUCACGAUAAAUACUUCCUCAUUACAACAAUUUCACCUCGGCAACAUUUGACUAUUUUAUUGGUAAAUAUAAUAUUUUGCGACACAUCUACUUAUAUUGCCGAGAUGCAUAACAAUAAUUUGUAGUAUAUACUACAACUUAAUGUUUUCUGGGUGCCUAGCCAAGGUGACAACCGCUUACGCUACGAUAACGAAACGCUUUGCGUCUAUUCCAUUCUCUUCCAUUAAUAUGCGACACUAUGUGUGACCAUUGCGUUUCGUUCGCUACUUAGCGCAAGCGAUUGGCAUGUUGGCUACGCACCCUGUACAGAAAAUUGUGUACACAAAUAGAACUUUGUCACAAUGAAUACUAUAAUAGUUAUUUUGUAUCAUUCUACGUCCUUUAUAUUUCCAGAAAUUUGACAAGUUAUUAGAGAACCAUUAUGAUGAAAUUUAGAAUAAAAGAAAUAACUGAAAUUAUAAAUACUUUUCGUAAAAAAUUUAAGAUCACAGUUCUUGUACGAGUUUUUGAUGCUUUUAAUCCACUCCGUAGCUUCCACGAUUUUCUUAAACUUGUACCGAUUUAGUCUAAAAAUGGUUUUCGAAAUGCAUUUUUAGGACACGUAGUUUAUACUUGAGAGUAUAGUUUUGUACAGUUAUGGAAUUGCAUUUUUGAAAGCGACUUUUCACAAAUGACAGUUUCGAUAUAUGUUGUCGGUAUAUCUUCUAUUUAAUGAAGUGCGUGCGAAGAUAUAAGUUAUGUUAAGUCGUGCGACAUAUAUUAUAUAUGGUCCUGUUUAGCUAUUAUAUUUCUAUUCUAUACAGGUUUUUUUUUCCACUAGCCAUACCCUGCAUAGUGAAUUUAUAAGUCAUACUGAACAACUUUUAUUUUUUGACCAAUGCCGAAAUCGUGAAAAAAAUUAGGCUGUUUCAUACGUUCCGUCUGAUGUGAUGCCGCUGAUUUCUAUAAAACAUUUCGCGAUUUCGGCAUUGGUCCCAUAAUAAAAGUUGUUUAAGUAUAACCUAUAAAUUCACGUAGUGAACGCAGUAUGGCUGGUGAAAAAAAAUCACUUUGUAUACACGGUGGCCAAAAAAUAAGUGCAUUCCCGUUGGCAGGGAGGUUUUGGGAUUAUACUGAGCAACUUUUACUAUGGCACCCACCCCAAAAUCGUGAAAAAAAAUUUGGCUGUUUCAUAUAUUUUGGCUGGUCCAUUUUUUAUGGGAGAGUAAAUUUUUUUUCGGGAUUUCGUGGUUGGUUCCAUAGUAAAAGUUGCUCAGUAUAAUCCCAAAACCUCCCUGGCAACGGGAAUGCACUUAUUUUUGGCCACCGUGUAUAUUUUUUUUUUGUCUAAGUAGUAGCGUAUUUGAAAAUGCAAUUUCGUCUACUAAAUAUACCAAAUGUAAGAGCUAGCUAUAUUAAUCGCGGCUGGGACCAUUUAGUCGGUUUUAGUUGUUCUACUUAUAUGUAGGGUCUACAAUAGAAGUAUUAUAACGUACAGCAGAUUGAUUUCAAGAUAUGCAUUACGCAUACGUGAUCUUCCACAAUAUGCAUGCUGUUUAACCCUUUGAACGCUUAAACGCUUACGUCAUGAAGAAAAACGUCACACACACGCCUUAUUAUUAUUAUUAUUGGGGCGUUGUGGGCCUUUGAGUGUCACGUCGACCAAACAGUGAUCUAUUGUGACGGCCCUUUAAAGCUCAUUACUAAUGCCCGUUGAAUCCAGAAAAUUCCAGAUUCUUUGGGCCGUAAUGUUCUGUACCUCAUAGGGUUGCAGUACGUGCCGCCCUAAGUAGGUACUUCUUUUUGACAUUAGUGGUCCACAGGAACAGAGAAUGUGCAUUGCAGUCUCCUCUGACUCCUGGCAGAACCUGCAUGUCGGAUCUUGUAUCUUUCCUAUUUGAAACAUGUGUUUGUUCAACUUACAGUGUCCAACACACGCCUUGGUCACGGGCGCAAUCGAGCCAAUGUAAACUACAGAUGCAACGAAUACCGGAUGUUCGGCCUGACCAUCGUCCGUAUAUUGGGUAUCCGGCCGGCGGAACUAUACCUACAUUUCGGUUUUUCAGGUGCGCAUUGUGUAGGUUUUAACCUGUUCGUAGUGAACGUUCGCGCGGACUCAUUUCUAGGUUAGACAUGAGUGCGCGUGCAAGUGAGUGGAAUGAUUAAAUUGCUUAAAAUUCCCAUCUUAAAAGCCGGCAACGCACUUACAACCCCUCUGGUGUUGCGGGUGUCCAUGGGCGACGGUAAUCGCUUACCAUCAGGUGAUCCGUCUGCUCGUUUGCCUCCUAUUUCAUAAAAAUAUAUAUAUAUAAUAAACGAGUACGAAUAUGACAUUUAUGACUGUGACUGUUUCUUAAAUCUAAUUUGUUUACUCCGAAAUUAAGCAAAUUUACUAUACGGUACGCAGCCGGAUAAUAGGUUACUAUCCGGUAUCCGGACGGAAAUUAAAACAAGGUCCGGAUAGUAACCGAAUAUCCGGUGCAUCUCUAAUGUAAACCUUACUUGAAAGUGUAAAAGUUACUUUGAUUGCGUACGCCAUAUGUAUUAUAACACUAAUAUGUAUUCAUGGCGCUGUGUUCACAUCUAGUUACGACGCCUUUAGGUGUUCUUAGCGUUCAAAGGGUUAAACAGUGAAGCUACUUAAAUACUACCUAGUAGUAGUAUAGCUGUUGAAACUAAUUCCUCUAAAAAACUCAAUACAUAUAAUUUCGUUGCAAUACUUCUAUUGUGUUUCCGUCAGAUUUGCUCCUAAACUAGUGUUAUAAUUAUAAUUUUCAAAUAAUACGUAAAUUGUUAUACAGAAUAGGCGACUUUAUAUGCGUGGUAUCACAUGGUUAGUAACACUAUGUUCUUCAUUAUGUAGAAGCUAGACAGUUGAAAUUUUUACCAGAUGCUGUAUUUCUGAUGCCGCUAUAACAACAAACACUAAAAAGUACGGAACCCUCGGUGGGCGAGUCCGACUCGCACUUGUCCGAUUUUAUUUAAAGGGCAGUGCCAAAAUAUUCUUUAGUUGUAGUCAUCAAUAAAAGAGUAUUUACGUUUUAAAUUAAGCCUGUAAGGCAGAGGGAAUAUAUUUCCCACAUGAUUUUGAACUUUGUUUCAAAGUGAUAGGGUUCAAUUUUGCAUAAUAUCUAACACCCUUAUGCCUUAUCCAUACUAAUAUUAUAAAUGCGAAAGUCUGUCUGUCUGUGUGUUACCUCUUCACGCUUAAACCGCUGAACCGAUUUAGUUGAAAUUUGGCGUAGAGAUAGUUUGAGUCCCGGGGAAGCACAUAGGAUAGUUUUUAUCCCGAAAAUAAUCCCUUAAGAGGGUGAAAAGCGGGGUGGAAUCAUGGGUGAAUUGAGAUAAUUAAUGAGUCGCCUAAUAUUUGUGUGCAUAUUAUGCUCAAAUUGAAUGAUUGCUAUAAGACUCUCCAGGCGCUAUUAUUUCUAGCUGGGGUUACUAAGUCCACUAAGUCGCGGGCAAAAGCUAGUAAUUCAUAAGGGUCCUUUAACCCAUAAUAAUGGGUUAAAAGACUAGCCUCGAAAAGAGAUAAUGAUACCACGAUAAAAGUCGCCUUAAUAAAACAACACAGUAUUGUAAGUGUGUAAAUUGAGAUUAAUUUAAUAAUUAUAUUUUAAUAUUAUCUCUACUAUUGAUAUUAGGUACAUUUUGAUAACCACUCGAUUAUAACAUGAAAAUGUAUAUAUACUCAUAUAUAUAUACAUAGAAAGUUAAUAAAACAACCUUUAUCCCUAGUGUAAAAUUCAUUCGAUAGCGUGACAUGACAUACGCGUGUGCGUUGUGUCAUUUUGUAUGGGAUUUUGAGUUUCCAAAACGUCCCGCUUGGCGCGCCGUUCAAAAUACCAUACAAAAUAGACAUAACACAGACGCGAACGCUCGUCGCGCUAUCCAAUAAAAUUUACACUAGGGAUACAGAGCGUCGAAACCGAAAUUAGACCUUACUAUAACCAAAGAAUUAUUAAUUGUAGAAAAUUUCUCGAGUUUGACAGCAAGCCUAGGUGGCGCUAUAAGCGCCAUAUAUUUUGCGGUCAACUCAAUUGUCAAAUGUCAACUUUUGACAAGAGUUCGCAUAAUGUAUACAGUAUGGAUGGUAUAGAAAGGAUGCCAAUCUCUUAUGACAGAAUUGUUGAAAGUGACCGCUUUCAGCUUUAAAUAAUAAUUCCUUCUCCGGUGGCGCUAGCUAGGCUCUGGGACAUGAGUAUAACAUGAACCAUAUAAGGCAACAAAUAACCCGACCAAAUUAAUUACGUAGGUUGUUUUUGGUAGUAUUUCGGUGUAUGGUGGCGCCGUCUAAUUACUGUUUUUUGAUGGACAUUUUUCAUAGAGAUUUGGCUACUUUAUAUAGUCUCCAUGGUAUACAGCUUUACUAUUACAGUGACAUCUACAUUUACGCAUUAAAUAAUAAAUAAAUAUUAAAGGACAUUUUUACACAAAUUGACUAAGUCCCACGGUAAGCUCAAGAAGGCUUUCACUGCCAACUUUUUCGCAGCGCUACGCUCGUAGCCGCUCCCAGCGUUUUUCAGCUUUGUAAAGGAAAGGGACUACGAACAGAGAACCCACCGAGUUCCCGGCACUCGUGUGUUUAAUGUCAAACUCGAAGCAAGAUAUUUUCUAAGAUAUCACACAUGUACUUAUACAAUUAAUGAUUUUUUGCUAUAAACAGUGAGAUCUCAAAUAAUGUCACUUUAUAUUCACAUUACAUCAUGUGUUAAAUUUUUUGACGAAUGUUGCUUUGAACUACAUUCGUAAUAUACGAUUAAUACAUAUUAGAUGUACCGAUUUAUAUAUGUACAGCAAAAUUGUUGUCUAAAAUUGAUUAAUUUGUCCACUAUAUUUUUAAGGUAAUUUGUAGUUAUUGUAUCAAAAUUGCGUGUAACUUUAUUUUUGGCAAUGAUCCCGAACAAAAAACAUUGUUUAUUACAAUUGAAUUUGUGUUACAAAACUUGUAACAGCAUUUUAGUUUACAGGAGUAAAAAUGUCUAUUUAUUUUUACAUAAGUAUGUGUUCUUUGAACUAGGUGUUAAAAGCAUUAUUUUUUUAUUUCUUUGGUAACUACCUAUAUAUAAAAUAAUUAGGUAAUUAGGGAAAACAAGCAGAUAUGUUUGAGAGCUUGUUGUUUGUUUAUUAUUAUUUACAACAUACGAUAGAUUAAAGUACGUUCACAAAUGAUGUCGCAUAUAUGUGGUAUUUUCUAUAAAAAGGGACCUUAUUGUCGAUGGCGCUUACGUCAUUAUUAACGAUGCUCCGAUAUAAAUACAUUGCCGCGCGGCGCUGUGCGGCGUAAGCGCCAUCGACAAUAAGGACCCUUUUCAUAGAAAAUGCCCCAUAUUAUGUACAUAGAGCCGAGUUUAAUGUUAAUAACUUUUCAGCGCAAAAGGCGACCGCGCUGUCACUGACUUACUUGAUAUUGAACUAGUUUUUAAUUGAAAGUAUUCGGUUAUUACCGAAAAACACUCAAAAUCUAAUUAAAGUUCAUUUUCGGCAUUUUGAUAAUUACUCGAUCAUCAGUUUUGGCUGAGCCACAUGAUACUUUUUGUUUGAGCUUUAAAAAGUUCAUAUGAAACUGUAUUGCACGAAAUAAUAAAAUUUUAUUGUUUACACAAAUGUGAACCAAAUUAAUUAUGUUAUUACGGUUCGUGUUCCAUAGUACGAUAAAAAAACUGGUUUGUACCUACGAUAUCAUAGGUUAUUCAGACUUUUUGAUUUUGCCCUACCACGCAUAACAGCCGUAAAUGGACAAAUAAAUGAGUUUUAACUUGGAAUCUACUCGAAAAUACGGUAAACAUGAGUUUUUGAAUAUCAUUUAUAUGUGGUGUAUUCCCAUUUGUCCCCGCCUGACACAUAUAUGAAAAGAGGUGCAUUCAUAUGAAUCAUUCCCUAUUGUCUCCGCCUCAUGUAUGGCGGCGGUCACCUGGGGCAGAGACAAAUUGGAAUACACCAUUUACGGUUUUUACACGCUGUGGGGCAGAUGUGACCUUCACAAAUGCAGAUAGUUUUAGUUUGAACCCCUCGAGUCCCACGGACGCAAUAUCGGGUCAGCAAUGGCAGACAAAAUUCUAUUCUAAGAUGAAACGGUUAAGGUCGUUUUUUCGCUGGCAAGUUCUGGAACUCAAGGGAUUGGUGUGUCUGUUUUUAGGGUUCCGUACCCAAAGGGUAAAAACGGGACCCUAUUACUAGGACUCCGCUGUCCGUCUGUCUGUCUGUCUGUCACCAUGUCUCAUGAACCGUGAUAGCUAGACAGUAAAAAAUUUCACAGAUGAUGUAUUUCUGUUGCCGCUAUAACAACAAAUACUAAAAACAGAAUAAUAUAAAUAUUUAAAUGGGGCUCCUAUAAAACAAACGUGAUUUUUUUGCUGUUUUUUCCGUAAUGGUACGGAACCCUUCGUGCGCGAGUCCGACUCGCACUUGGCCGGUUUUUUUUAAAUUAAGAAAUUCACAAAAUAUUGGUUUGACCCCGAUCCUGUAGAUAGUUGACUAAUACAUUCCAGAGAGUACGGGUCGCCAACAUUGAUAUUUAUAUUCUAAAAGAAACACCUGACCACCGAUGGACCUUAUGUUAUUGCAAUAAGGUUUAUUUUCAGGUAACAGUGUGGACGAUGAUUCAUAUUUACUGAUAUUUGUUACUUUUAUCCAUUUGGAAUCUGCGGAAUCUUAAAAUAGGUCGUCCUUUAUUAGUACGGAUAAGAGAAUUACCUACUUGGUACUCUCAUUACCUCCGAAGUCCCAAUGUCCUUUUAAAAGGACAAAUUAAAAUUGGAAUACCUACGGAAUAAAGGUAUCAAAAUUCAAAAUUGGGUGUAUUCUCAUUUGCCCCCGCCGGGCACAGAUAUGGGAAUAGGCUCUGCAUAUAAAUCAUUCCCAUUUGCUCCCGCCUCUUGUAUAACGGCGGUCACGUGGGGUGGGGACAAAUGAGAAUACAAAAUACAAAUUUAUUGUAUGAAAUUAUGACUUACGUUUCAGAUUAAACAAAUUAUUCUUGUUGAAACUUAUGUUAGUGUUGUUAUAAGUGUGUUGAAACGGAUGUAAUUAACUUACUGUUUGGCCGUUACCAUGUUAUCUCUGAAGCUAUUAAAAUAAAUUAUAUAUAAUACUGUGAAUAGAAUAAGUUAUUUAACUUUCUUAACGCCGACUUGUUGCGAUACCUUGCCAAACAAAUUUAAACCCUAUUUUAUAGUGCGAAGGUUGUUUUGGCGAUGAAAUCAUUGAAAAUCAAGGAAUUUGAUUUAUGUACAAUUUCGGUUAAUUCCCAUUUGUCUCGCCCGGACACAGAUGGGAAAAGGUGCGGUAUAUUCCCAUCUGCCCGCCCCUAGCCGGGGGGUGGACACAAAUGGGAAUGAUUCAUUCAUUCCGGGCACACAUGGUAAGGAUCCAUUCCCAUCGGUGGCCGGCGGGGACAAAUGGGAAUAAAUCCUUCCCAUCUGUGACCGCCUCGGUUUUUUACUAUAUAAAUGUCGAUUUUGAUAGUUGCUAUAUUGAACAGUUAAAAUUUCAAUUCGUGAAAUACUUACUUUUUUGCCCGACUGCCAAAGGAGGAGGGUAAUUACUAAAAUAGUGAUCAAAUCUGCUACAUAACUAUAUAUUCGUUAUAGGUAGUUGUUAUCAUGAAACCAGUAAACAUUUUUUUUACAUUUAUGAUGUAAAUUAUUUAACGCUGAACCCCUACAUUAUAUGAUUCAGGCGGGGGCUAAUAAAAUAUAUAAAAUAAAAUAAAAAUGCUUUAUUUCAGACCUGUUUACAUGAUCCAUAUUUGGGAAUACACGAAAAUUUCGUACUAUGUCACACUGACUGUCAAUAUGAAAGCCGCUAGAAUUGAUAUUAUUGUUUUUGUGACAAGGUACGAAAUGGUACAUAAAUCAAGAGGUCCUACCGCGUAUGAAAAUCGAAAUUUUAGUUGGCGUUACAAUAGUUAAAAUGUCUAGGAAAUAUGUUUUGGCGGAUUAAUCGAAUGGUUAUUUGAAUUUCUUUAAAUAUAGCUGAAGAUAUCUACUUAAUAAUUAGUUCUUGCUAAUUUACCAAUAAAAUAAACAUAAUUAUACAUGCUGUCAAAUCAUAUUUCAUGGACCGGGAUCGGAACUUUUGUACAUGUUAAAUUCGUUUCUAAAGAAUGUUUGUCAUGUGAAGAUGUGAAUACAUUUAAACUACCAAUUAGAUAUUAGUAACAUCAGUGUUCGUGUGGUUUGAGAAAUAAAACUACGAAUUUAUACUGUGAA